GGCGGCGGGCGACGACUCGAUCGUAAAAAUCGUGCCGGUCCUCAUGGCCGUGGCGUUCCCGCCGCACAUCAUGGCGCUGAGCAAGGUGCAGCGGCUGUACGACGCCUGCGACGUCGUGUUCGCGUCGCCGGCGGCGGGGCCGCCCACGCUCGGCGAGAUCAGGUGGCUGCAGAAAAUCCUCGAUGGCGUGGAGACAGCGGACGUCGGGAUCGACGACGGCGAGAAGCCGGCGCCGUCGUCGUCGUCGGACGACGAGCUGAGCCCCAAGAGCGACCGGUGCCUCUCGGCGCGGGCGUUCACGCGGAUCACCUACGUGCACAUCCACCAGUGCGACGAUUUCUCGAUGGGCGUGUUCUGCUUCCCGGCGGGCGCGACGCUGCCGCUGCACGACCACCCGGAGAUGGUGGUGCUGAGCAAGCUCCUCUACGGCUCCGUGCGCGUGCGCUCGUACGACUGGGUCGCCGCGCCGCCGCGCUCCGGCGCAAGAAAAUGUGGGCUGGCCAGGGUGGUGGCCGCCGACGAGGUGCGGCGCGCGCCGUGCGAGGCGUCGGUGCUGUUCCCGCGGAGCGGCGGCAACCUGCACGCGUUCACCGCCGUGACGCCGUGCGCGAUCCUCGACGUGCUCACGCCGCCCUACUCGGAGGAGCGCCCGUCCACCUACUUCAGCGACGUCCCCAUCCCGUCUCUCCCAGGUGCGGUGCUUGCAUGGGUGCUCUCACGCGAUCGCAAAUGCGAAGCAUCAAACCAAUCGCCCAUGGGUGUUCUUGUUUCAGGUUUUGCGUUCUUGGAGGAGACGGAUCUGCCCGAGGAUUUCAGCGUCGCUGGGGCGCCGUACCUUGGGCCUGAGCUGACGGUCGAUAUGGAUGAUUACGAUGACGAUUACGAUGACUACGACGAGUAGCUAGAUGCAGAUGCUAGCUAUAGAUAGUAGUUGCGUACACACGCUCUCUGUACAUGCCAUGUUUGUAUACUAGAGAAUUUUCAUAGUAAAGUUUCACUGCUGGAGUG